CUCGUCUUUAAUUUCCCUCGCCCUGUACGUCAAGAAUAAAUAUGCACAUGGAGACGGACCAAAAUCUCAAAGUCAAAAUCGGUCUAGAAAAUAUGUGAACUUAGGACGCUGAAAUGAAAAGUUAUCUUGUAUUCUUGAUUUGAUUACCUUCACCAACAUGCAUGGCCAUCUGCAUGAUGAUAUACCAGAGUUAUAUUGUUGUGCUUGACUUAUUCUGAUCAACUUACCAGAACUACAAGUUCAACAUCUACAUCCAUCAAUACAGAAUAAUUCAAGAAGAUGGUUGUAGUACCUAAAACACCCACACCAAGCGGUGUGAUUGACGAGGGCUCCCCUUUUAGGAGAUCCUCAAGAUCGCUGCCGUCCGGUGUCUCUGGCAGCGAGCACUUCUAUCACAUCACAUCAUCCGCAGGAGUGCCAUCAUCUCCGAGCACUGUUGUCAGUGAACGGACUUCUACUACCGGUCGAAAAGGACCACAUGACCGUCUAGCUGGUUCCGACCAUGCGCUUAAUACAAGUGCCGGAAGUGUUGACACCAGCACCAGGAGGACAAGAACGACUAGUCGUGACCAUCUUCGUGAUACUAGUAGAAGUGGAAAGCCGAUUACAAGGUCAAGGAUACUUGGAACUGGAGCAACAAGCGGCAAAGGAGGUUGCUGUAGACGUAGAGAUGAUGACCAAACUCAACAAGGUCAAAAUGCUACAACACUUCAGCACAACAUCAAUGGCAUCCUAGCUUACACGCAGACUCCUGCAGCAAGUGUUAGCGGUCUGAUGGGCAGUGCGAAUAUCAUCACGAGUCCACCAGAAAUUCUCACAGCAGUGGAUACGAGUUGUGGGGAUAUCAAGGCAGCCUGUCCACCAGCAUCAGUCAAUAUGUUGAAUACAAGCGUGAUUUCCUCUGACGAAAACAAUCGUGUCGGAGUUUCUGAUCUCUCCCUCAUCUCCAACGGCUCGAUCGCCUCCUUAGCGCCAGACCGCUGUCGCCUGCACAAUGCGCUAGAACGGCUGACAAGUCAGGUGGCGAUGUUGGAGGUCGAGGUCAAUGGCGGAAAAAGCGGGAAUGCGUCUAGGUUUCUGCUCGACGAUGAGGAGGAGAUCAGAGGCGAUGGUCCUCCAGGUGCGGUCACAGAGGUGACGAUCAGACGCCGUCGAGCACGAAGCUCUUUUGCUUUGAGCAGAAAAGAUCGAUCAGAACGAAAAUCUAGACGAGCUCGCUCACAUCAAGAACAAAGUAUUCUGAGCAAUGGCACUUCCAGGAGGGAACCGCGCCGACGACUCGGGAAAGAAGAGUUUCUAGAGGCAUUGGAUAAAACUAGGACAGGGGGUGCUAGAGAUGAGCAACAAGGCAGAUCUCGGAUUGGAUCAUCGGAAGUAGAAGGACGCAGUCGAAGCAGUACGGAAGAGGAUGGCGUUUGGGGUACUUCGAUUUGUCACUCACGAGCGACCCCAUUGAUUUGAUUUUGAUGAGUUUACAUGGAUUCACUGCAACAAACUAGCUUCAUCUAUUGAUGCUAUGUAUUAAAUAGCAACUUUUUUAACCGACUCGCAUUUUUUGACUUCGAAUUCGAUCUAUCUUCAACCUCGUCCCUCAGGUGACCAAUCGAAACUACACGCCAGAAAGCAAAAAAGCGGCCGUGUAACCCAAGAAUCCUCUAAGUUGUCUACUGCGAUCCCGAGUAGCUCUGUCGCAGCUUCUCCCGAUGAAGAUCAGCAUAGUCAUGGUUUCGACGCACCAGGACCAGAAGAGCAAGUCGUCUACUAUGCCAGUGAUGCUCUACGUCUGGAGGAUAGAAGUCCAGAUUUUGGCAGUGUUUCGGAGAGAACAGUGAGGAGAAAAAAAGAUGGAGGAAAAGGUAAGGGACUAGCAACUACAUCACCUUCUAGAAGUACAAGUACUUCUCCACCGCCUACAAGAACUUCUGCGUCGAAGAACAACAGAAAGAGGAAGAUGAAACACUAUGUCUUCGAUGCACGGAAUCUCAUUCAGGAGGACUAUCAUGAUUCCUUUCUUCUAGACGCCAGUGGAGAAUUGGAAGACCUCUCGAAAUCGUCAGGGAGCGCGAUCCUCAUCAAGUCUUCGCUCAACACCUCUAUUUCAUCUACUUCAAGUAGUGCUACGCGAAACGGAAACGUCGAAGACAAAAAUAAGAAGAUCAACGGGAAGGAUAACGAUAAUGCUUCAACAUCUGUUAUCUUCACGGGUGCACUAGAGGAGAAGAUAGAAAACAACUCGCCACCGAGAAAGCAAAGCGAGAGUGGAGUACAGGCAGAACAAGUGGAACAGCAACACGCAGCGGCAGCCAUUGUCUUGGCAGAUGAAGCUCCGGUCUUGUCUUCGCCGUCGAAAAUAAUAGAGGACAAGACCAGUGUUGACAAGAAAGCAAGUUCAUCUCACAACGAUCUCUCAGUCGCAUUGACAUCUCCGCCCAAAGAAGGUGUAAAAGCGGAAACGGUGGAGAGCAGAAAGCAAGUCUCUGUCGUAAGCGAAGUCCAUCGACUUGAACAAGCUCAGCUAGUAGCAAACGAGGAGCGUGAUCGUGACGUCAUACUCAAGAAGAAUGAUGCUAAGACCGAAAAGUCCUCUACUAGAAAAAGAAAAACUUCCUCAGAUAGUCUAGAAGACGAUUUGUUUGCAGAUCUUUGCCAUGCCCCGUCUGAAGGCGUGUGCUCUACCAGAGUGCCAUCAUCUGCGGUUUCCUCAUCAACGUCGCUUCCUAGUGCUACGAGCAGUACGCUCGCAAGCUGUACUAGCGUAGGUCUUGAAAACAUCAGUCACGAAUCUGCGACAAUGACAAGGCAGAGUAGAAAUAGUACUAGAAGUAUAGCACAAGAACCAACAAGGGCCUGCCCUCUGACACCCUCUCCUUUGAAGACUCAGAUGCAACCACCAUCGGUCACCGAUGACCUCUUCAGCACCCUGGAAACUUCUAAGGAGGCAAAAAAGGAAGACCUUGCGUUUCUGGCUGCUGGACCUACAAUAUCACCUGGAGUGCUAGCAGAUAUCCUAUUCGACGAAGGAAUGCCAGCUAGGAGUGAAAGCACUAGGGCAGAAGAUACUCCAGGAUGGAUGGGUACUUCUUCUUCCCAUAGAAAGUUUCGCGUCUAACUCAUAUCUGCUCUGAGGAUUUUUUCAGACACAGUUUUUUCCGUUGUUGAAGAAGAAGAUGAGUUUUCAAUUGCUGCAUUUACUUAUUAAAUUACUCACGUGGCUAUCAUGUUCUUCCUUAAAAAACUGACAGGUCGCAAUUCCUCUCUUCUGAUCACUGACGAGCCCAAAGAAAACGGUACCACCAGCAACCCAGCAACCGACAUGGUUCCACCUGUCACACUCACACAAUUGGUCUUUGCUUCCGACCAUGUGCAGAUUUUAGACCGCUCAGGUGCAAAGCAUUCGGAUAUGGCUGACACCUCGCAGACGCGGAGCCAAAUCGGCUUUUCCCCAGUGGGUGAUACAGGUAGAUCCUCCUCAACAUCAUCUUUUCUGGAUGCCAUAGAGCCGGCUGCACGGGAUACCAUUCGCCCUGCACGACUAGGACUGCCAGAGAUUGAUCUGCGAGGGCUGGAGACUAGUUUCUCUGAACAAGAAGGAGGAAAGCAAGAGACUCAAGGAGCAGAACUAGAAGCACUCGCUGUUGCUGCACAAAGUCGCUCGAGUACACGUGAGAUGUCAAGAGCGAAGUCUUCGGAGGAUCAAUCUGCGAUUAAAGAGAAAACUGAAGAUCCAUCACAACUGCUAAAGGAUAAGUCUCUACGACCCUCUACAUCUGUUCUAGUGUCGGCUAUUCCUGUAGAAGACACGACACAAAAAAACAUCACCAUCACCCCGACUCUCCUAAAGACCAACAAGAGCGUCCGAAACGAGACGUACACGAUCACUCCUCCACCUCCUCCUGCUUUCUACAAGGCUGCGAACGACGUUGCAGUGGUCGAUGACUACCAGCCAAAGAAAACUAGUCCUUCCAAAAGCCAUCAAGACGCUGAGGUACUGCGUUCGUAUGGUCUUUCACCAAGUGAGGCUGGUGGCGAGGCCGAACUAGAGGCUUCGUUGCACGACCAAGAAGGAGAGACGAAGAUCGGUUCGAGGUCUUCUGCCCGUUAUCUGCUAGGUACGAAUGAAGAGUCAUCUGAAGCGGAGCAAGAAGCCGUUCCGUUCAUCGCAGAAGAUCAGGUAGUUUCGUCGUGUUCAUCUGCUCGACGAAUCGAGGAGUCAUCUGAAGCGGAGCAAGAAGCCGAUCCGUUCAUCGCAGAAGAUCAGGUAGUUUCGUCGUGUUCAUCUGCUCGACGAGUCGAGGAGUCAUUUGAAGCGGAGCAAAAAGCCGACCCGUUCAUCGCAGAAGAUCAGGUAGUUUCGUCGUGUUCAUCUGCUCGACGAAUCGAGGAGUCAUCUGAAGCGGACGAGCAAGAAGCUGAUCCGUUCAUCGCAGAAGAUCAUGUAGUUUCGUCGUGUUCAUCUGCUCGACGAAUCGAAGUAGUGGAAGACAGUAA